CUCUUCCACUGAAGGGCCAAAACUUUUGUAACGGUAAUGGGGUGGUCUUCUCUGUGUUAUUUUGUUUGAUUCUGAAUCUUUGUGGGUUUUGAUCAUUUGAUGUUUGUGGCAUGUUGAUCUUUGGUGGGCAGAGUUGGUUUCAGGCCAGAGAUGGGAAGCCAAGGGAAGAAAGUCUUGCUCACUUCCAAUGGGGAUGAGAUUUCAGAGAGCAUUGCCCUGCAUUUAGUCAAGCGGGGUUGCAGGUUGGUUUUGAUGGGAAAUGAGUUUUGUCUGAGGAGUUUGAGAGAUAAGAUAAUGAGUAUGGCGGAGGCUGUGGUGCCUGUGGAGGUGGUUGGUUUGGAUAUGGAAGAGCAGAGGGAGGGAGUUUUUGAUGAGGCAGUGGAUCGGGCAUUGAAGAUUUUGGGCAACUUAGAUGCUUUUGUGCAUUGUUAUGCUUUUGAAGGAAAAAUGCAAGAUCCUCUGCAGUUGGCUGAAGAUGAGUUCAGAAAAAUAGUAAAAAUAAAUUUUAUGGCUGCGUGGUUUUUGUUAAAAGCAGUUGGCAAAAGAAUGCGGGACUGCAAAUCAGGGGGUUCUAUUGUAUUCUUGAACUCAAUUAUUGGUGCUGGGAGAGGACUUUAUUCAGGUGCUGCUGCAUAUGGUUCAUGUUUGGCAGGAGUCCAGCAGUUAGUGAAGUUAUCUGCUAUGGAGAUUGGUAAACACAACAUCAGGGUUAAUGCAAUUGCUCGUGGCUUGCACGUAGAGGAUGAAUAUCCAAGGUCAGUUGGAAAGGACAGGGCAGAGAAGCUGGUCAAGGAUGCAGUGCCCCUACAUAGAUGGCUUGAUGUCAAAAAUGAUCUGGCUUCAACUGUCAUCUAUUUAAUCAGUGAUGGCUCGCGCUAUAUGACUGGGACAACCAUCUAUGUUGAUGGAGCCAUGUCUAUAACUAGGCCUCGGAUGCGAUCUUACAUGUAAUUCCUUCUUCCCGUGCACGUUAGCUUGGUGAAAUGCUAGGUCUAGGGAAGGGAUACAUAACAUCAUAUAGGCAAAUAACGAGUUCCAUUGUUUUCAGUCUAUGGAAUUGACAAUAAAAGCAGUGAAUUCUGUGAGUACUCUUGCUCUCAAUCCUUGUUGCUGCUGUACUUUUCUUUGCUUUGGCUUUGAAACAAUGAUUGAAUACAAUAUAUCACAUUAGUACAG